AUGGAGUUGCAGGAUGAGACAAAAUGGAGAGAAUUGAGGUUCACGUCUUUGGUCAUGAAAGCGAGGAUGCUGCGACUUUGCCGAUCUUCGUUCCAUCGCCUGCAUAUUGCCAACGCCAACUUGAAUUCACUCAAUACCGUAGACGAUGUCGUGCGGCAUCUGCAGGCACUGAAUGAGAAGCCUGUGAAGCUACCCGUCUUCAUGUCGCUUGACUUACAAAACUUGCCAGAAAAUCUCACUAUUGAAGUAUAA